CGGGACCGUACGUGGAUCUGGACGAGGCAGGGGGCAGCAGCGGGCUGUUGAUGGACCUGGCAGCCAAUGAGAAAGCGGUACACUCAGACUUUUUUAACGGCUUCAUGUUUUCCUGUCUUUAAUUACUUCCUUCAGCCUCAUUGGCUGAAACUCUGAGCCAACCUGCUGCCGUACUGGAGUUGGGCCUGGACCCCUCAGGGGGUCUGAGUGUGCGUUUGUGUGAAUCCCAGAGGACUGGUUUAAAACCUUGCAGAGUCUUCCUUGUCUGGCCACCCGACAGGAAGAGGGACAGAGUUCAGGAGGAAUCCCCGUCAAGCACAUCCACCCGGACAGCUCCUUCCACCUCCAAGCAGCAGGAUCACACGGAGCAAGCGCAGAAGAGGUGGGGUCAGUCAUGGCUGAGCGGACGAGUUUCCACGGCGUGUUUGUUGUCACACUUCUGGCUGUGAUGCUGCUGCCUGCCUUCCUGUCUGCAGGACCUGUUGUGCAAAAGAGCAAAGCAGACGGCAAAGCAGUGGAGAGCAUCCAGGAGAAGGCGGCGGCUGGGGCGUGGCAGAGGAAGCUCAUCCGCAACCGCAGGAACAUCAGCUGGUACAAGCAGCACUCCGACUUCUGGGCCUGGUACAAGUACUUCACCGACAACGGCAACCUGGAGGCAGUUCAGGACAUGGACCGCAUUUACCUGGCCUACCUCCAGAACAAGAACCGCGCUGAGGCGCGUCGCUCUUACAAAGAAUACCUGCGUCACCUGGGGGAGAUCUACAAAUCCUGUGCAGACUCUGCUGACCCCAACUGCGUGGCAUCCUACACCACUAGACCCAAACCUGAACCGGCCAAACCAGCACCGCUCAAGACCUGCGAUCCCACUAAAGACCCCCACUGCUUGUAUAUGGCUUUGGUCCAAGGCAAGAGCCCUUACCUUCCCCUGGUGGUCCCAGUGGCCCCUGCAGCUCCAGUCAAAGCUCCUGCCCCUUUAUAUGUCCGCUCCGCACCAGCCAAGGCACCGCAGUCCGGGUACUACUACUACUCUCCAUCUGCAGUGUCCUUCCUUACCAAGGAGCAAAAGGCCGAGCUGCUGCGCAUCUGCUCUGCUGACGAUGUGGAGUGCCUGCAGUACCAUCUAAGAGCUGCGUAUGGGUACCGCCCCUCCGCUGGGCCCCUUCCCUCAUAUGCUCACCUGGGCUGCGACCCACACAAAGACCCAUCCUGCAAGCCCAAGCUGGUGCAGAAGGCUCCGUCUGGUCUUUACCUUCAGUACCCCAACUGUGAUCCACUGCGGGACCCGUACUGCGCCUACGCCGCCUCGCUGGCGGCUCCACGUGCUCCCAACCCCCCCGUUCCUGCUGGGCCUGGAUCCUGCAACCCUCUGUUUGAGAACAACUGCAACCCCCUGACGGCCACCAGGUUUUCUUCGCCCCCAGAGGCGUACAGAAGUGAGGAGAGAGAGGAGGCUGCCGCUCAGCGCGCCGCGCCUCCUGCUGUCGAGCGGAGCGACCCCUAUGCCAUGUUCAGGGACGCUUAUGCUAAUGCUAACAGAGUUCCAGACCCCUAUGCUGGGUACCGUCAGGCUCCGCCCCCAGCUCCAGCCGCUGACCCCUAUGCUCUGCUGCGCCAGUUCAUGGACCAGGCUCAGGAAAGUGACCUUCACGCUCCGCGCAUGGACGCCGCCCCGGAGUCCACUCUGAACGACCCGUUCACCGCCAUGCGUGACACAGCAGCUGCUAUGCAUCGCAGAGGCCCCCCCUCCUCCAGGCAACAGCAUCCUCCACCGCAUUUUGAGGAGCCAACCCCAGAAGAGCGCCACCCUCUGGGUCCACCAGGUAAAACCAAGGAGGGCUAUGACUGCUACAUUGGGUAUGACCGGGAGUGCUUCCCUGUGCGGCCCAGCGAACCUCGCUCUGGGGGCCACCACCGAAACCCCUACCCCACGGAAGCCUACGAGUCCUACCUGAAUACUGACGGCACCCGCAACGGAGUCCUAGAACCUUCCAACCCUCACUGUGACCCCGAAUACGACCCUGACUGCCGUCUGCGACGCUUCGAACCGGAGCAGGGCCGUGCCGAGACCCGACCCAAGGAAGACCACCACCAGGGGGCAGCAGAGGCCGAUCAGGAGGAGCAGUACGAGGCAGAGCCCUACCAGAGCGGCCAGGAAGAGCCUUACAUGUCUUACCAGCCCCCCCCACCGGGCAUGCCCAGCCUUCAGGACAUACUAAGGAGCUACGGAGACCGAUUCCCGGAGCAGGAUGAUCACAGAGCGUACGCAGACGACUACCGCAAAAAGUGAGCAUCCAAACACGCGAGCAGCUGGACAUGAGUACGCAGAGCUAUGCUGCGUUCUCCUAAGUCGGCCCCUGAGCGCCUCCUGCAGGGAGCAACUGGUUCUAAAUGUGGGACACAGAUAAGGGACUUAAUGAGCAAGUGCAUCCAAAAUGACCUCCUGCUGAAGGAGCCUGAUCCGGAACGAUGAGCCUUUGCUUUGUGUGUAUUUAGCUGCUGCAGACCUCUGCUGGUUUCCUGCUUUUCUGAUUUCCUGUUCAAACGUCCGCUCAUUCAAACUCGUACCGUCUUCAUGAUCCUUGGCUUUGCUUUUGCAUCUUUUUUCUUGAUUAGGUUUAUUGCUUUUUCUCAGUGAUGGAUGAUGUAAAGAUUCGUUUUCACUUUGGACGUCCUGAUAAUAAUAAUAAAAAAAACUCCUGAAAUGUGUA